CCUCCGCGUCGCGCGCGUUCGCACCUUCCUUGCGGCGGUCGCGUCUCCUCAGAAGUGGCGGCGUCCGGACGGCGGGGCUGAGGGGCGGGUUCGGCGGGCGGCGCUCGUGGCGCGAGGGCGGGCGGCGCGCGGUGGAUGGAGGCGCCUGCUUGGCCCGUCUGACUCGGAGCGGCCGGACGGCUUGUGCAGCGGAGGCGGAAUUCCGCGGGCCCCAGCAUGGUUGACUAUAUCGUGGAGUAUGACUAUGAUGCUGUUCAUGAUGAUGAAUUAACUAUUCGAGUUGGGGAAGUCAUCAGGAAUGUGAAAAAACUACAGGAAGAAGGAUGGCUGGAAGGAGAACUAAAUGGAAGAAGAGGAAUGUUCCCUGAUAAUUUUGUUAAGGAAAUUAAACGAGAGACAGACUCUAAGGAUGACAAUUUGCCCAUCAAACGGGAAAGGCAUGGAAAUGUAGCAAGUCUUGUACACCGAAUGAGCGCUUACGGCCUUCCAGCUGGAGGAAUUCAGCCUCAUCCACAAAGCAAAAACAUUAAGAAGAAAGCCAAGAAGCGUCAGUGUAAAGUGCUCUUUGAGUACAUUCCACAGAAUGAGGAUGAGCUGGAGCUGAAGGUGGGAGAUAUCAUUGAUAUUACUGAGGAGGUGGAAGAAGGCUGGUGGAGUGGAACUCUGAACCACAAGUCGGGGUUGUUUCCUUCGAACUUUGUGAAAGAGCUGGAGGGCACAGAUGAGGGUGAUACUCUGGAAGCCCAGGAUGAGCCAGACUCUGUUCUGAGUGUGCUGACCUCACCUUUACCCUCCCCGGGGAAUGGUGGUGAGACUGCACCAGGGACAGUCCCUCAGCCAAAGAAAAUUCGAGGAAUUGGGUUUGGAGACAUUUUCAAAGAUGGGUCUUUGAAACUUAGGACAAGAACAUCCAGCAGUGAAACAGAAGAGAAAAAAUCUGAAAAGUCUAUAGGACCCAAAACCCAGAAUGUGGAGAUAACAAAAACAGAAACCGAAGGUAAAAUUAAAGCUAAGGAAUAUUGUAGAACGCUAUUUGCCUAUGAAGGAUCUAAUGAAGAUGAACUUACUUUUAAAGAAGGGGAGAUAAUUCGUUUGAUAAGUAAGGACACUGGAGAAGCUGGCUGGUGGAAAGGUGAACUGAACGGCAAAGAGGGAGUAUUUCCAGACAACUUUGCCAUUCAGAUCGCUGACUUGGAUAAAGACUUCCCUAAACCAAAGAAACCACCACCUCCUACUAAAGGUCCAGCUCCAAAGCCUGACCUGAUAGCUGCAGAGAAGAAGUUUUUUCCUAUAAAGCCUGAAGAUAAAGAUGAAAAAUCACUGCUGGAACAGAAAUCUUCUAAACCAGCUGCCCCACAAGUCCCACCCAAGAAGCCUACUCCACCCACCAAAACCAACAGUUUGUUGAGAUCUCCUGGAACAGUUUUCCCAAAGCGACCUGAAAAACCAGUUCCUCCACCACCUGUUACCAAGAUUAAUGGAGAAAUUUCUACCAUCUCAUCAAAGUUUGAAACUGAGCCAGUAUCAAAACCAAAGCUAGAUUCUGAACAGUUGCCACUGAGACCAAAAUCAGUAGACCUUGAUUCAUUAAUAGCAAGAAGCCCUAAAGACACAGAUGUUGUAAAUUUUGAUGACAUAGCCUCCUCAGAGAACUUGCUGCAUCUCACUGCAAAUAGACCAAAGAUGCCUGGACGAAGGCUACCUGGCCGCUUCAAUGGUGGACAUUCUCCAACUCACAGCCCAGAAAAAACCUUGAAGGUACCUAAAGAAGAUGAUAGUGCCAAUCUAAAGCCAUCUGAAUUCAGAAAGGAUACGUCCUACUCUCUAAAGUCCUCUGUGAACCUUUCCACACUUUCAAGUGCUUCUAAAACCAGUGCAGCUGCUUCUUUCACUUCAUUAGAAAUUAAAACUAAAGUGGAAAUGGAUGAUGGAAAAAAAUUUUCUGUGGAUGAACUUCAAGCUCAGAUUACUGAGUUGGUGUGUAUUGUUGAAGCACUGAAAAAGGAUCAUGGGAAAGAACUAGAAAAGCUGAAGAAAGAUUUGGAAGAAGAGAAGGCACUGAGAAGCAAUCUAGAGGCAGAAAUAGAGAAGCUGAAGAAAGCUGUGUUUUUUUGAGGUGCCAUGGACCCAGUGUGUUAAUGUUCCAAGGAUUCAGAAGCAACACUAUGAACUCAGCUGACUUGGACUUUAAUACAUCAAAUGCUGGUGUUGUGAUAAAGAAAUUUCAGUGUAUGAACUUUACUAUCUAUUGAAAAGUUAGAGAGGGUAGAAUUUUUAUAUACAUAUAUAUAUAUAUUUUGUUUUGCCAAUAUGAAAUGAAAAGAGGCCUUAUUUCUUACUGUGCUGGGAUUGCAAACAUUUUUUUUUUUUUUGUUUGCUUGAAAAUACUACUGAAUCUGUAUAAAAAGGAAAGAAAAUUCAUAAUAGUUUUUUAUUGAAACUUGUAGUAUUAUUUUUAAAGAGAUCUAUACUAUAAAUAUGGUGAUAUCUUUCCAAAUAAUCUGUAAGAUAAACUAUUUGAGAGGGAUAAAUUCGCUUUAUAGUAACUAUAGUCACUACUUUCCCCAUAAUACAUAAGGGAUAUAAACUGUGUGUGUACAUAUAUACAUAUAUAUUAUAUAUAUAUUUUUACUUUAAGCUUCUCAUCCAGGAUGACACUGUUGUGCCCGUUUGUCUGCAGUGCUGUUUAUAUUUUGGGUGAUGGAAUCAGAGUUUCCUAGUUAGAAACCAGUUACUCACCCAAACCUAUAGUAAUAACUAAUGAAAUAAUAAAAAGAAUUUCAACUUUUAGAGUGUUUUCUAUUGCUUGCACUGUAGGAUUCAUAAAAGGAAUUUGAUUUAAAAUAUAUUGGAUUGUUAAACAUAUUUGGGAAAGUACAAGCUUUAUUUUAAAUUCGUUAGCUCUAAGAAAUCUAAAAAUACCCAUUUAAUCAUUUACUUGUGCCUAGAAACAGCAGCACGUAUGGAAUAUGCAAACACCAGCCUUAUUGCUGAACUUUUCUUCUGAUUUUGCAGUCUCACAUAGUACUCAUCUCACCAUCUGGUCAUGCUCUAGCUUGUUGUUGUUUUUCAUAAUGGCAAUGGUAGGAAAACAACCCCAAGCUCCUCAGAACCUCAGGAUGAGGUUUCAUGCUGGGUAGUGGUCACCAUGUGAAUACUCAGGUACUCAGGUUUCACUGCCUGGAAUUGAUCGGGUAGCCCAAAGUAACUCUUGGAGAGAUUUUGGACUGUUAUUGAAGUAAGAAAUUUAGAAAAAGGGUUAUAUAUCAUUACAGCUUAUUUAAACCAAAUGCAGUUGACUAUAUUAAAAAGAUAUCUUCAUAGGUAUAUUUGAUGAAUUUCUAAUUUCUUCAGAGUCACCUAUGAACAAUUAAACAUAAUAAAAUACAUCUGUAGGUGCUAUGUCUAAAACCUUUUAGUUACAAAUUCAAAAAUUUGAAAUUUCAUUAUUUACAAAACAAUUAGUACUGGUUCUUAUGCUUCCUUUUUUUUUGUUUUAAGCUACCACACCAAUAUUUGUCCUUUGUUUUAAUCUCAAAAUACAGAAAUUUUGUGUAAAUGGUGUUUUGUGUCCUGUUUCCAAAUAAAAGAGAAGGUAGAAAAUAAUAGAAAUGCCCAUAGCCAUUUACCUACUGUAUAAUUUAUAGCUUUUGGGCUUGGAGGGGAAAGCUAAUUGUGCAUUGAAUAUGUACAUUUUAACUAUAGUUUGGGGACUCUUGUAAUGAGAUAAGUACUCAAUAAAAUUGUUCCCUCCUGUUUUAUUUUUAAAUGAGCAAUCAAAUGAUUUCCAUCUUCUUAAAUAAAUUAGAUCUUCUUUUAAUGGCAAUCCUUAGGAAGAAAAAAAAGGACUGCAUCUUAUAAAUCAUCUUUCAUCUCGUAGUAGAGGAUUUGUAGAUUAGCCCUCCCCACCUGACUGGAAGGUUCCAGCAUAGUUUUGGCUUUUUUUGAUCAUUUUUCAUUAGUACACAUGAAACCAAGAUGCUAGUGAGUGCUGAAAUACAAGCUUUUGCUUGUGUGUACUUCAGUUGGAAUAGAUGAUUCAUUGAAGUUCUGUGUCUGUUUCGCAGUCUCACGUAGUUCUCAUUCUGCCUUUUAUAAAAAUAUAAAGCCAAUCAAGCAUGCUGAAAUUUGAAGGGGAAAAAAUCCUUUAAUAUAACAAUUUAGGAGUGUGUGUUCUUGAUCUGAGAACUUCUGUUACUGUUCUGAAAGUUCACACCACACAACAAUCAUUGCAGCCUUUACUGGGGGUAGAUCAUUAGUUUUGUCCCUUUGUGAGACAAUAAUAGAAUAAAGGAGACUAGCAUGGUAUUGAUUGCUAAAUUAUUGUAUAGUUCAGGUUUGCUGUUCUUUGAAACACCUAAUAUUCCUAAUUGUACUUAAAAGUUAUUUUUUUUUCCUGUUUUUGGUAUAUUUGUGACCACUAGUGUUCUGUUUUCUCACAAAGCUGUUACCUCUACAGAACUUUCCAGAACUUUGAAGUCUGAAGAUGCACAGAGAGAAUGGGCCUUGUGUAACAGAUUUCUCUUUUUAUGCCUUUUGUUGUGAUCGCAGGAAGGAAAAAUUCUACGUGCUUCGUACUCUCUUUUGAGAAACAUUUUGUGCUUGUAUUUAAACUUGAAAUGUAUGAGUAGGAUGAGACAAUCAGUAAACAUCAGAAAUGAGAAGUGUUAUAAUUUAGUGGCCUUGUUUUUCUGUGGCAAUAAAAUGACCAAGUGCAAUGACUCAAUAAAAUCAUCCUUUAAAAGUUGCUGCUAUGAAUAUUUUUAGCUAUAAAGUUUUAUCCCUGUUUUAGACCAACUUGCCUUCAGUAACUCUUAUGUAAUGCAGUGGAUGUUGUUGGUAACAUUCCAAAAGCUCUAUGUAUGGACUCUCAAGAUAGUAUACUCACUGACUUGUUUACAGGUGCUGUAAAGAAACAGAAACAAAAACCAAACAGCAUGUUCUCUCUGAAAAAGAAAAAUGAAUAAAAAAUUGUAUUGCCA